AUGUUUAAUAUACCCAUAAUCCCUGUUUACGGCGACUGGCUUGUCUGGGCGAUAACAGCAUGCUGCUGUCAAGGUUUCUUGCUGCUAGGCUAUGACCAAGGGGUUAUGUCUGGGAUUGUAGGCGCAGAAAAUCAGUUCGGCAGAGAUUUCGACUCUCCUUCGCCCACAGCUCAGGGAACUAUAGUUGCAAUCUAUGACAUUGGAUGUGCUGUUGGAUCUCUCGUGUGCUUUAUGUUUGGUCAAAAGUUAGGUCGAAGACGCAUGAUCAUGCUCGGUGCAUCUACUAUGCUGGUGGGAACAGCAAUCCUCACAUCUGCAACAACACGCGCACAAUUAAUCGUUGGUAGGGUGGUCACUGGGAUUGGAAACGGUUUCAACUCCUCUUCUAUUCCAGUUUAUCAAUCUGAAACAUGCGAAGGCCGCAUGCGAGGUGCACUGGUGUGCUUGAACUCUACCAUUACAAUAUUAGGCCUCGUCAUUGCGUACUUUUUGGAUUAUGGUUUAUCCUUUGUUAACGGGCCAGUACAAUGGAGACUACCAAUCGGCUUUCAGGCUUUUUUUGCAUUAUUUCUACUUAUACAGGCAGCUACUCUACCCGAAACACCACGCUGGCUCAUGUCCCAAGGCCGUAAGGGUGAAGCAAUCGACGUACUCUCAAGGCUUGCCGCACCUCCCGACCAACGUACACCUGAAGUAGAGUCUCUUAUUCAAGAACGUUUGAGAGAGAUCGAAGAGUCUUUGGCACGCGAGAGUGCCGGUGGCCCCUUCCGGUUUGCGGAACUCCUACAGGGAGGACCAUUGGGUAACUUCAGAAGAGUAUUAUUAGCAUGUGGGGUCAAUGUCAUGCAGCAAUUCACAGGAGCGAACAUGAUUAACUACUUGACAGUUGAUCGUUUCGGCCGCCGAGCACUACUUAUGUUCUCAGCAACUGGGCUCUCGACCUGUUUCUUAUUAGCCGCAGUACUUCUCAGCGUCGGUACAAAAUCUGCAGCCUAUGGUGCUACGGCUAUGGUAUUCGUAUUUCAGAUCUUUCUAGGUAUUGGAUUCUUGCCUAUUCCAUGGUUGUACCCCGCAGAGGUUAGCCACACCCGUAUUCGUGCAUACACAAGCGCAAUUAGCUCGUUUGUCAACUGGAUGUGUGUAUUUGCUGUGGUCGAAAUGACACCACCCGCGAUUGAUCAAAUUGGAUGGAGAGUCUUCAUCAUUUUCGCCGUGCUUAAUGCAUGCUGGGUCCCCAUAGUUUAUGCAUUCUUCCCAGAGACCGCCAAUCUCUCACUGGAGGAUGUCGACCAUCUGUUUGAAAAGGGAGGGAUUACCGGAGGCGUAUGGGGUGCACCGGGUGGGCGAACAGUCGUCGCGCAUUCUGACCACAUCACCGGUUCGGCCGCACUACGAGCUAGAAAUGAUGAAGAAAAGUUUGAUAAUACGCAAUCAAACAUAGAAUACGCAGAACAAACCCCAUCCAAACACUGA